GCAGGUUCGCCUGGCAACUGCCUGGUCAGCGCCCCUGUCUUUUUCCCAUUGGACCAGCCUUCCCGGAGAUGGGGAGGGGGCUUCACCCCCAUCUUCCCUCCUCCUUCUGACGCCGCUGUCCCGGGAAAGCAGAGGGAGCGCUACGUCGAAACCCUCCGUCUCGUCUCGGGAUCGGGUGACUCCAUCUCUGCCUGCCCGGCCCUUGGGGUCCCGGAGAUGGAGCGACCCGCCGUCCCGUCCGCCCGAGGAAGGCAAAGAGGACAUACUGCGCGGGUCCUCUGGGCGCUCCUGCUCGCCCUCCUCGCCCCGCCGGCCGCCCUGGCGGUGGAAGUGGAGGACACUUUCAGAGACCUGGAAUUCUUCCAGGAGAGCUUCCCUUCCGGAGAGGAGGCUGGGCAGGACCUACUGGAAUUUAACCAGGAGGAGAUCCUCCACGUGGAUUGGGCCCAGAGGCAGAACGUCUGGAGGCUGCCUGAGUUCACCCACUACGGUUAUCAGACACAGUGGGCCUUAGCUAACCUGGCCGUCCUGAAGGAGAGCCUGGAGAUCAUGAUGAAGCGAACCAACCAGACGCAGGCCCAGAACGCGCACUUCGUGUUCCAGAGGAUCGGCGACUGCUCCUUCCAGUCCAAUGGGAGCGAGGCCGGAUCGGGGCCAACUCCGCACGUGCGCUUCCUCGACCGCCACUUCUACGACCGGCAGGAGUUUGUCCGCUUCGACAGCGACCGCGGCGAGUUCGAGGCCGUCACGACCCUCGGGGAGCCCGACGCCCGGCUCUGGAACAGCCAGAAGGACCUCCUGGAGGCCGCGCGGAGGGCCGUGGAUUUCUUCUGCCGCCACAACUACGGUCUUGCGGAGAGCUUCGCCUCGGGGAGGAAGAUUCCACCCAAGCUGAAGAUCGUCCCUUCGGAGAACUCCUUGGCUCCCAGCGUUUUGCUCAUUUGCACCGUGGACAGUUUUUUCCCCUCGAAGAUCAAAAUCACCUGGCUCAGAAACGGGAAAGAGGAAGACGAGGCCCGAGUGUUCACCACGGACCUGAUCCGGAACGGGGACUGGACCUUCCAGAUGGCGGUGAUGCUGGAGGCCCAGCCGGAGCGGGGAGACGUCUACGCCUGCCAGGUGGAGCACGCCAGCUUCCCGGAGCCCGUCACCGUCCGGUGGGAAGCCCAGUCGAAAUCCGCCCGGAGCAAGAUGUGGACGGGGGUCGUGGGCAUCGUGAUGGGGGUGGCCUUUGCUGCCACUGGCGUCUCUUUCUACCUAAGGAGCAAGAAAGGUCAAGCCAUUCCUCAGCCUGCAGCACUCAUGAGUUAGACUUCAAGCUCUCUCCAUCUGGAUCCCAACCUGAGGAGAAGAAAUGUCUCUCUUGAUUUCUUUCUUCUCACAGAGAAGAUGAGAGCAUUGAAAAGGGAUCUGGAGGAUUUGGAGAAAGACUGCUGCAGACCCAAAGACAUUCCCGAUCCUCUCCCCCGCUCUUCAAAAGCACCAGCUAUUGCUUGUAUGAUUGUUGUGGUUCUGUGUCCUCAAUUCACUUCAAAUUUAUGGCAACUCUCAGAUGGAGUGACCUCCAGAAUGUGUUGCUAUUAACAGCCCAGCUCAGCUCUUGCAAAUGCAAGCCUGUGACUUCCUUGAUUG